AUGCCUCGGUGCCUGAUGCCCAAAAAGUGGAAGACCGCCGUGGCCAACGAGUGUUCGUCGUGGGACUACGACAACAGUUGCAGCAGACGCCCGUCGUCGCCGACGAAAAACGCCGGUCAGCAAUGGGAACCGCCGGUCACCGUGCUGUUGCACCAGCACCACCAGCACCAGCACCAGCACCACCAGCAACAGCACCACCAUCAGGCCUGGGGACCGUCUAGCCCGCCGGCCGGAGCCACUGCGCCCAGUCCGCCGCCGUGUUGCACCGGCACCGCUUUUCACUAUCUCACGGGUAAGUCGCAUUUUUCGACCGACAAUAUUAUUGACGUUUUCGCGUGCGCAAAAAUAUAA